AAAAACCCUAACACCUGACCGGCUCUCUACGGCAAACUCGUCCUUCAAAUAGAACCGGCAAGAAGUGAUAAAGGAAUCCCUAAUCUUCUUAAACAUAAAACCCUAUUAUUUUGCGUCUGUCAAACCGACUAUGGAGCCCAUCUCAGCGGAGGAGCGAUUGGUGACCGAGAGAUUGAAACAGAAACUUAAUGAAGUCAAUAUAGCUGUUGAGACCCACUUCUCCGGCAUUACAGACCAUGUCAAUUUCACCCUUCAGCAAGCGUACUUUAGAUGUGCGUAUGAAUGUUUUGAUCGGAGGAAGAGGCAAGAAGAGAUAAACAAUUGUGUUGAGCGUUGCAGCCUCCCUUGUGUGAAUGCCCAAAAUGUAGUUCAAAAUGAAAUUGCCACACUUCAAGAAAAGCUACAAAGGGCAAUGCUGGUCUGCCAGGACAAACUUGAGGCUUCAAAACUCCAGAUGAACAGAAGUGAGGGUAUAAAGGAUUUGGAGUCAUGUGUUGACCAAUCUGUUCAAAAUUACAUUCAGACAUUGCCUCAUAUUGUUGGAAGAUUGAAGAGUAGACUAGGAAUGACUGAUCCUGUGUAGUUUGUAUUACAAGCUUCAAGUUUUCAAGCGGCAUCACUAGAUUAGAUUGCAGUAACUAGACUGGUGUCUUUUCUCAUUACUCCGAAUCCCAAAUUGAAUAUGUUAUUUUAUCAAAAAAUGAUCCAGAAUAAUUUUUGUUUUAGUAAUCCAAUCCAUAUGCUUCUACUUUUCUUUCAAAUUAUUACUACGUCUAUAUCAACGUUUCAACAUU